ACAGGUCUCUCUAAGUUGCUGUCUAAGAAGAUGAUAAUCACACAAAUGUGGCACUUCUAUGUGUCCAGAGUUGGACUUCUUCUUCUGAUUAGUAUUCUUCCUGGAAUCACUGGCCAAGGAGAAUCAAGACGACAAGAACCUGGAGACUUUGUGAAGCAAGAUAUUGGAGGACUUUCUCCAAAGCAUGCCCCAGAUAUUCCUGAUGAUAGCACAGAUAACAUCACUAUCUUCACUAGAAUCUUGGAUCGGCUUCUGGAUGGCUAUGAUAACCGGCUGCGACCUGGACUUGGAGAUGCAGUGACUGAAGUGAAGACAGACAUCUAUGUGACGAGUUUUGGCCCUGUGUCAGACACUGACAUGGAGUAUACUAUUGAUGUAUUUUUUAGACAAACAUGGCAUGAUGAAAGACUGAAAUUUGAUGGACCAAUGAAGAUCCUUCCACUGAAUAAUCUUCUGGCUAGUAAGAUAUGGACUCCUGAUACCUUCUUCCACAAUGGUAAAAAAUCAGUGGCUCACAAUAUGACCACACCCAACAAACUUCUCAGACUGGUAGACAAUGGGACCCUCCUCUAUACAAUGAGGUUAACAAUACAUGCUGAAUGUCCGAUGCAUUUAGAAGAUUUCCCCAUGGAUGUGCAUGCCUGCCCACUGAAGUUUGGAAGCUAUGCCUAUACCAAAGCUGAAGUAAUUUAUUCUUGGACUCUUGGGAAGAACAAAUCUGUGGAAGUAGCACAGGAUGGCUCACGCCUGAACCAGUAUGACUUGCUUGGCCAUGUUGUUGGGACAGAGAUAAUCCGGUCUAGUACAGGAGAAUAUGUUGUCAUGACAACCCACUUUCAUCUGAAGAGAAAAAUUGGCUACUUUGUCAUCCAGACCUACUUGCCAUGUAUCAUGACUGUCAUUCUGUCACAAGUGUCUUUCUGGCUUAAUAGAGAAUCUGUCCCUGCCCGCACAGUCUUCGGUGUAACCACUGUUCUCACCAUGACCACCUUGAGUAUCAGUGCCAGAAACUCUUUACCUAAAGUGGCAUAUGCGACGGCCAUGGACUGGUUCAUAGCCGUCUGUUAUGCCUUUGUAUUUUCUGCACUGAUUGAAUUUGCUACUGUCAACUACUUCACCAAACGGAGUUGGGCUUGGGAAGGCAAGAAGGUACCAGAGGCCCUGGAGAUGAAGAAGAAAACACCAGCAGCCCCAACAAAGAAAACAAGCACCACUUUCAACAUCGUAGGAACCACCUAUCCUAUCAACCUGGCCAAGGAUACUGAGUUUUCUACCAUCUCCAAGGCUACUGCUGCUCCAAGUGCUUCUUCAACUCCAACAGUGAUUGCUUCACCCAAGGCCACUUAUGUGCAAGACAGUCCUGCUGAGACCAAGACCUACAACAGUGUCAGCAAGGUUGACAAAAUUUCCCGCAUCAUUUUCCCUGUGCUCUUUGCCAUAUUCAAUCUUGUCUAUUGGGCCACAUAUGUGAACCGGGAAUCAGCUAUAAAGGGUAUGAUCCGCAAACAGUAG